UGAACGCAGUCCAAUAUGGCGGUUUCCGCUGAUCACGACAGUGCACUCCGCAAGAUCGUAGUAGACGGGAGCUGUUGAAGUACGCCGAAGCCGAUUUUCCAGGCCACUAACUGCACUCAAAAGGUGAGCUGGCAUCACGAUAUAAAUAUUGAGUACAUAUAUUGAGAAUAUUUGUGCUCUAAAAACUCGAUUAUUGAUUCUCGAUCAGCAGUGUGGUCACAUUUGAAUAGAGCCCCUAUUGUACAGCUGACACAAUGUCCGUGGACAAAGAAGAAUUGGUGCAGCGCGCGAAGCUUGCUGAACAGGCAGAGAGGUACGAUGACAUGGCAGCGGCAAUGAAGGCCGUCACCGAGACGGGAGUCGAAUUAUCAAAUGAGGAAAGGAACUUGCUCUCGGUCGCAUACAAGAACGUUGUCGGAGCGAGGCGUAGCUCGUGGCGAGUAAUCUCAUCAAUUGAGCAAAAGACCGAAGGCUCCGAACGUAAACAGCAGAUGGCUAAGGAAUAUCGGGAAAAAGUUGAAAAGGAACUUCGCGAGAUUUGCUACGAUGUUCUGGGUCUCCUCGACAAGUACCUGAUACCCAAGGCCAGCAAUGCUGAGAGCAAAGUAUUCUACCUCAAAAUGAAGGGAGAUUACUACAGGUAUCUAGCAGAAGUUGCCACUGGUGACUCCAGAAAUGCUGUCGUAGAAGACAGCCAGAAGGCAUACCAGGACGCGUUUGAAAUCAGCAAGUCGAAGAUGCAGCCGACCCACCCCAUCAGGCUAGGCUUAGCUCUCAACUUUUCAGUGUUCUAUUACGAAAUUUUGAAUUCGCCAGAUAAGGCCUGCCAAUUGGCCAAACAGGCGUUCGAUGACGCGAUCGCGGAACUGGACACAUUGAACGAAGACAGCUAUAAAGAUUCCACGUUAAUCAUGCAGUUGUUGCGCGACAACCUCACUCUCUGGACCAGUGACACGCAGGGUGAUGGGGAUGAACCACAGGAGACCGGCGACAACUAACCCUCCUAAGCUUAAGUCCUAUCCUUUCUAAUCUAAUAAGAAAACAUCCUAUUCUCUAUCGUCCCCCGUCCUCUCAAGAGCUCACCCACCUACCUACCACUCAACAAUCCAUCCACCCACCAUCUGUCGUUUUGUCCUUCGUGUAACCUAUCCUCUUUUUUUUUUUUUGUUUUUUUUAUUUUGUUUCCCUAUAUACAAGAUACCUCCGAAUUUUUCUCUUCCUUUCCCUACAAUUUUUUUUUUCUUUUACAUUCUGAAAUUGACCCCUCUCUCUCUCUUACUCUCUCUCUCUUUCUCUCCUUACACAAUUGCACGUUGCCGCCGAUGCCGACGUAACUACUAUUCUGCCUAUUUCUGAAUCCAAUAAUCCUCCAGCUAAUCUUCAAUUCGAAGCAAAGAAGUAGGACUUCCGUCAUCGUUUUCCUCUUCGUCUCUCAUUACUGAGGAUCAUCGACGACACAAAUGACGAGAGAAGCUAAUGGCACACGAUUACUUAAUAAAAAAGGAAACAAAAACGAAAUCAUGAAAUUUUAAUUAAAUAUUCUUAUCACAACGCAAAGAAAAAGGGAGAUAUAAUUGAAAUAAGAUGUGCAAUUUUUUUUUUUGUAUAGUCCACUUCUGAGAAUAUUAAACACUGUUUUAUAUACAGUCCACUUCUAAGAAUAUUAAACAUAAUCUAUAUCAAACGAUAUUAUUUGGAAGAAAAUUUCAUUCUACUUUCCUUACCCCCUGAGUGCUUUCCUUUAAUAUAAUAUCAUAUUAAUUUUAGUCAAGUCGUAAGGAGAGUUAUUAAAAAAAAUCACCAUUCAUCAUCCAAAUAAUAUCAUUUGAAGAUUUUGAUAUACAAAAAAAAAUGUACAUUUAUUAUCAAACUUUUUCUUUUUUAAUUCUCGUCUCGUCAAAUGCUUCUCUCUCAUUGUAAAAUCUUCACAAUUUUUUUUUUUAUUCUCGUUCAAAUCAGACUUCCGAUGUAUAUUUUUCUUGUUUUUUUUUUGUUUUUUUUUAGUUCGUCGUUACCGGCGUCGUUAUUUUGUAACUAAUUUAGUGACAAAGUAAAGGAGAUUGAAUCCUGGAAGAAUUGUUGUUUUAAAAAAGCACGUCAAUGUUGAUUCGAAAUUUCCAAGUUUUUUUGUUUUUUUUUUUUGUUUUUUUUUUUUUUUUUGGAAAACAGGUAUAUUAUACAUAAAAUAUUUAUCCAAAGAAUGGAUGGAAAAAAAAAUAUCUUUGUUAAGAUUAGUUUUUUUGUCAAUUGUACAAUCGUGAAAGUAUAAAAGGAAAACAUUUUAAACGUUUGUAAUUUAUCAUUAUGUCUCUCUCUCUCAGUAUUUUGGUUGUGCAUUUUUCUCAGGAACAUUUUUUUUCUUGUCUAUAGAAAAAUUUUGAACUCCAGAUGAAAUUUCUUAUAUAUAAAGAAAAAACAUUAAAAAAAAAAUUUAAUUGGCUAAAAUUGUGUUUUUUUUUUUUUUUGUUAAAUCAAGAGCAUUCCAAAAGUUAAAAAAAAACAAGUUAAACUUGAAAAAGCUCACUACACCCGCCAAUAUAUCCUAAGAGAAAAAAAAACACCCUCUUUUUGUGAAAAGUUUCUCUAGUUAAUAUAUAUGCGUAACAUAUAUUUCAUUAUAUGUAUAAAACGCGUGUGUGUAUAAACCUAGCGAUAUAAACAGGAGACAAAAAAUAACGAUAAUUAUCGAUAUUACACGUUUUGCUGUUGUCGUGUUGGUAUUUUUUUUCGAUGUAUCGAUGUCAGUCGCAACAUGAGAGAUCUCAGCAGAGAGCAAUGCACAAUUUCAAAAAAAAAAAAAAAAAAAGAAACAAAAAUCGAAACAUAUUUUGGCUAACAAAAAAUAUGAAUAAUAAUUAAAAAAAAUUAAAUCGUUGGUAAUCGUUGCUCGAUGAAGAGGAAGCAUAAAUAAAAUAUUUUAGAGUUUUUAACAAAAAAAAAAAAUAACCUUCGAGGAUUCUUUUAAAUAUUUUGUCAUUUUUUUUCUUUUUAAGUAGACACUCGUCAGGUCAACUGGUGUCGGUAAGAGAGGGAUGAGAGGGGGGGAGGUCAAUUUUUAGGGUGUGAGAAUUCGCGCCAGCGGGCCUUCGAUUGUACUUUUUACAUCCCCCCCCCCCCCGUAAUUAAUCUCCUUGUGAAAAUCCCUUAUAUUGGAGUUCUCAAUUAGUCAUUUCUCCAAAAAAAAAACCCCGAACGCAAUUUAAUAAAUAAAAAAAACAAACUCGAGUUUCACGCUCGACUAUCGGAAGAGCAAAUGCACACACAUUUAGCGGCAAGGAUUUCGCGCCUGUUACAUAUAACCCAGUGUUGUAUUGGAUAAUGAAUCUUUUUUUUAUAUAAAUAUAUAUAUAUAAAUAUAAAUAUAUUAUUAUAUAUUCUUUUUUUUUCUUAUUUUAUACUUUUUCGAGCUUCUUCCACGAGACGUGUCGAGUGCGUUAUAUUAACAUAAUAUUUGACAAAUUGAGAAUUAUCACACGCGCGUCAUUCUUUUUUCCCCAGUCGAUUCUGAUUUUUUUUUUCUUUCUUUUUUUCUGUUUUUUCAUCACGCGAACCCUUUCCACCUCGACACAAAACCAACGACACUAAAAAAAAAAAAAAAAAAUCCCAUAUUCAUCCUCGAUUAUCCCUCGUCCCCGAAUUACGUUGUUCUAUUUGUAUUUAUCAUCAAAAAACCAUCGUAAUUGUAAAUUAUAAUUAUUAUUAUAAACGUUUACACGAAAUAAUAAAUUCUGAUAAAAUGUCUGAAAAAAAACCAUAA